GGGCCCACCGGGAGAGAGUAACAGAGAGACAUCUCACCCUCCAGCUUGACCUGCGGAGCUGCUGUCCCUUUUCCGCCACCUUUUCCAACGCCAUUCCCAACCACCGUCUCCCCCCGUCUUCCAUUUUCUAGGGCACGUACUUCCUCUUCAAUGGAUAAUUCUCCUCCGUCGCCGUUGCCGCAGCCCUUGCACGAUGGCGCCGGAAUGAACCUCCAACUCCCCAUGCCCGACGUCUCCUCCACCCCACUCUGGGACUUGGGGGAUCUCCUCGACCUCGCUGCAGAUGAUCAGUUUUCCUUCUCUUUGGAGCAGGACAAUCUGCCCUCGGCCUCCUCUCAUUACCUCGAGAUUCAAUCCCAGACUUCCCUUCCUUUCAAUUCGGACCGAAUUCGGAAGCGCGACCCGAGGUUGACCUGCUCGAAUUUCUUGGCCGGGCGGGUUCCUUGUGCUUGUCCCGAGAUUGACGCGAUGCUUGAGGAGGAAGCAGCUGCCACGCCUGGUAAAAAGCGGGCUAGGACGGCGCGUGCUACGGCUGGAAUUGUUCGGUGCCAAGUACCGGGGUGUGAGGUCGAUAUUAGCGAGCUUAAAGGUUAUCAUAGAAGGCAUAGGGUUUGUCUUCGUUGCGCAAACGCUACUGCUGUGGUGCUCGAUGGAGAGACUAAAAGAUAUUGCCAGCAGUGUGGCAAGUUUCAUGUUUUAUCUGAUUUUGAUGAAGGCAAACGGAGUUGUCGAAGAAAAUUAGAGCGCCACAACAAUCGACGACGUAGGAAGCUUGUUGAUUCUGCAGCUUCUAUAGAAAGUGAUCGAUCAGGCGUGCCUGUGGAAUAUGUUUCUUGUGAUGGUGAUGUAGGUAAAGAUAACAUUCUUUUCAAUAACCAAACUGAUCAGAAGGAAGUUGUGCAUUUGGAGCCUGAACAUGGGCUGGUAACCUCCACUGUCUGUUCAGCUCCUGACCUGCAGAAUAUGGAUGACAGGUUAACUCUAUUGGCAAUGGGUGAAGCUCAAGUGGAUGGAGGAAAAGAUAAUUCCAAAUCUCUUACUUCAUCCUACUGCGACAACAAAAGCACAUAUUCAUCAAUGUGUCCAACAGGCCGAAUAUCAUUCAAGCUCUAUGAUUGGAAUCCUGCCGAGUUCCCUAGAAGACUUCGGCUCCAAAUAUUUGAAUGGUUGGCUAAUAUGCCUGUUGAGUUGGAGGGAUAUAUUCGGCCUGGUUGCAUAAUUUUGACUGCAUUUGUUGCAAUGCCGAAGUUUAUGUGGAUAAAGUUACUUGAAGAUCCCACGACACACGUGCACAAUUUUGUAGUUGCACGUGGAAGACCUCUUUGGGGGAGGGGCAACAUGCUUGUUUAUUUGAACAACAUGAUUUUUCGCCCUGUAGAAGGCAAAAGUGUAAUAAAAAUUGAGAGGGAUAUGCAGGCUCCAAGACUUCACUACAUACAUCCUACAUGCUUUGAGGCUGGAAAACCCAUGGAGUUUGUUGCUUGUGGAAGUCAUUUGCGGCAACCAAAAUUUAGGUCUCUUGUAUCUUUUGCUGGAAAGUAUCUUUCGCACAAUCAUUCUUUCGUUCUUUCCCAUUGUCAAAAAGAAGGUGAUGAUGCUAAGUGGAGCGACCACCAGUUGGUCAAGAUAUAUAUACCCCACACAGACCAUGAUCUUUUUGGCCCUGCAUUUGUUGAGGUGGAGAAUCAUUCAGGCUUGUCAAAUUUUAUUCCUAUUCUCAUUGGGGAUAGCGAAACUUGCUCUGAAAUGAAGACUAUACAGGAGCGGCUUGAUAUGUCUCUGCUUGUCGAAGCUACUGGUUCUUCACAUGAAUCUUGUGAACAUUCUUCAUUGAGACAAAAAGUACAUUCAGAACUCAUGAUGGACAUAUCUUGGUUGCUUAAAAAGCCUUCGUCAGAGCAUGUGCAGCAUAUUAUGAAUUCGUCACAAAUUCAAAGAUUCACUCGGUUGUUGAAAUUUUUGAUACGCAAUGACUCAACUGUCAUUUUAGGGAGAGUUUUAGAACAUCUUAAGAUUGUCAUGGAAAAUGUAGAAUCAAAUGUGGCGGUUAACGGCUUCAGUUAUCCCGAUUUAAGGUUUUUUGAGAAGUAUUUGGAUUCUGCAAGAGAUGUUCUUCAACUGAAUCUUCAUAAAACUGGGAAUUCAGUGCUACACUUCGGACAUCCUAAGUCUAAAGGGGACCGUGUUUCUCAAAGCUGCUCCGAGAACAAAUUGGUUUCUGUUGUUCCCGGGAUUAUACUGAAAAUGGAGUCGAGAGAAAAUGGCCAUUUUCGAACAGUGACAGGUUCAACUUCCAUUGGUAGUGUGGAAACAGUCCCCCUUUUAAACAAAAAUCUUGGCAAGAAAAUAACUGUUCAAGCCUUUACAGUGAAAGAAGAAAGCCGAAAGCAAGAACAUUCAAGAAAGUCAUGUGGUCUUCUAUUCUCUGGGGCUCAUUUUAGGCGUCAGACAACAUUGUUUGCAGUUACCUUCGUUGCUGUUUGUUUUGGAAUAUGUGCAGCUUUAGUUCAUUCUCACAAGGUUGGCGACUUUGCUGUUUCGAUCCGUCGGUGCUUGAUCGAUAAGUUGUAGAACAAGAAGGAUCUGAACUUGAAAAUAACUCUUCUGGUCCAUUCUUUUGUUCUGCUGAAAAUUAGUUCAACUGCCCGCCCGCCCACCUGUGGCGUCCCCUUUCUCCAGCGAAUGCGAAAUGGACGCCACGACCAAAACUUGGUCUCACUGCCAAGCCAAGAGGUUACCUACAUAGUUUUGGUGUGUUUAGGGCAAAAGCCUCUGUAUCAUUCUAUUGUUUGAUACUGAUAUUACUGUUCUAAGUCUGGUCGAUCGAUGUGAAUUUUAUCCCGGUAACGACAUGGAGUUCGUAGUCUGUUUUUGGUUGCAUUGGAUGCGGGAUUCCUAAGUUUUGUACAUUUGUAUCUCACCUGAAGUAAGUUCAAGCAGAUGCUGGACCUCUGUAUUGUAAUAAUUUCCAGGUUUCACGGCUAAAAUGAAUUUCUCAUUCAUCACAGUCAAGACGGGUUUUCAAUGCUUUCGAAGUCGAUAUUUCUA